AGCAAACACUUCUUGCAUUACACUUCAAACCCAGAAGUGAACUCCAAGACUCUCAUCAUUACUUGCAUUUCUUUCAACCCAAUAAGACUCAUGUUAGCUAUAAGAGUCAAUAACAUCAACAACUUAAUUGUGUGAACACACAUAUAUUUAUAUAUAUGCAUAAAUUGAAGAGGAUAAUUUAUUCAACCAUCCCAAUAAGGUGCAAGAAAUAGAGGAGAUUCAAAGAUGAAAUCCCUAUCUUACUACUUUUUCUGUAUGUUCUUCUUUAUUGUCUACACCAACAACAUCAAAGUUUCUUUGGCAGACUGUGAUAAUCUGCAGGACACUUGUCCAGCAAUUCCACCCAACAAGCAAACCCUAUUCAUCAAUGGCCUACCCUGCAAAAACCCAGGCAAUGUAACAUCUCAGGAUUUCAGGACCAUGGAAUUAAGCAAACCUGGUUCCACUGACAUUUUAGGUGCGUCCAUAAAACUUGUCACUGCUGCUGAGUUUCCUGGGUUGAACACUCUUGGCCUCUCAAUUGGAAGAACAGACAUUGAUAGGGAUGGCCUAGUGAACUUCCAUUACCAUCCUAGAGCUACUGAGAUGAUCUUUGUUACCAAAGGUGUGUUACUGGCUGGAUUUGUUGACACCAAAAAUCAGAUUUUCCAGAAGUUUCUGCAAGUGGGUGAUGUUUGUGUUUUCCCCAAGGGUUUGUUCCAUUACAUUCUGAAUCAGGGUUUUGUGGAUGCCACUGUUUUCUCAGUGUAUAACAGCCAAAAUCCUGGGAUUGUUUCCCUUACUCCUACUACUUUUGACACAACAUUGGAAUCAUUGGAGAAGCUAAAGAAGAGGAUCAUUUCACUUUCUGCUUCUGAUGUCCAUGAUGUUACCAGUUUCAACUCUAUGGAAUUGGAAAGCAUCUACAGUUAGCUGCUUCCAAUAUAUUGUCUCUUGACUUACUAAAUAUAAAUUCAAGUUCUUGUCAACCCGGAUAGUGAAUAAAUGAAAAGUAGUUUUGGAUUUUA